UGCACUUAUUGACUGCCGUAUCCCGACCGGUCCUAGUUUUCCAGUUACGAAGCAAGUUAGGAUUUAUAACAGCCACUGUCUUAUUGCUCUGUUAAUUUACCGAGCUACUAUUUAUAACUGUUCAUUUUAUUGGGUCUCUUAUUUGAUUGUAAAAUGCCUUUCCAAUACCCCAACGCGUACCGCGACGAGUCGGUUGUGGAUGACUACCAUGGAGAGAAGGUGCCGGACCCCUACAGCUGGCUGGAGGACCCGGACAGCGAGAAGACGCAGGCCUUUGUGAACGCCCAGAAUCAGCUGACAGUACCGUUUCUGGAGGGCUGUGCCGUCCGGGACCUCUUUAAGGAGCGCAUGACUGAGCUGUAUGACUACCCCAAAUACAGCUGCCCCUUUAAAAGGGGGAGUCGAUACUUCCACUUCUACAACACGGGCCUCCAGAACCAGAGCGUGAUGUAUGUCCAGCAGACCCUGGAGGCAGAGCCGACUAUCUUCCUGGAUCCAAACACCUUCUCUGAGGAUGGCACGGUCGCUUUGAGAGGUUAUGCCUUCUCGGAGGACGGGGAGUGUUUGGCGUACGGAAUAAGCGCGAGCGGCUCGGACUGGGUGGAGAUCCGGUUCCUGCGGGUGGAGGGCGCGGUGGAGCUGGAGGACCGGCUGGAGCGCGUCAAAUUCAGCUGCAUGUCCUGGACCCAUGACGGCCGGGGCCUGUUCUACAACUCUUACCCCACCCAGGACGGCAAGAGCGAUGGCACAGAGACGUCCACAAACCUACACCAGAAGCUGUAUUACCAUGUUUUGGGUACCCCCCAGUCUCAGGACAUCCUGUGCGCAGAGUUCCCCGACCACCCAAAGUGGAUGAGUGGUGCUGAGGUGUCUGAUGACGGGCGCUACGUGCUGCUGUCCAUCCACGAGGGCUGUGACCCUGUGAACAGGCUCUGGUACUGUGACCUCCAGGACAUCCCCCAGGGCAUCACGGGUCUGUUGCCGUGGGUGAAGCUGAUUGACAACUUCGAUGCAGAGUACGAGUAUGUUACAAACGAGGGUUCCGUCUUCACGUUUAAGACCAACCUUCACGCCCCUCGGUAUCGCCUCAUCAACAUUGACUUCAGCCAUCCCGACAUGGCCGACUGGAAGGAGCUCAUCCCACAACACGACAAGGAUGUCAUCGUGUUUGCCACCUGCUCGUACGCCACCUGCCUGUUUGUCUGCUUCCUGCACGAUGUGAAGAACGUGCUGAAGAUGUACCGCUUGGAGACGGGGGCGGAGCUCCGCACCUUCCCGCUGGACGUGGGGUCCGUGGUGGGCUUCACCGGGCGCAAGAAGGACUCGGAAAUCUUCUACUACUUCACCUCUUUCCUCUCCCCAGCCAUCAUCUACCACUGCGACCUGACCCGGGAGCCGCUGGAGCCCCAUGUGUUCCGGGAGGUGACGGUGAAGGGGUUCACCCCGGAGGACUACCAGACCACGCAGGUAUUUUACCCCAGUAAAGAUGGCACUCAGAUCCCCAUGUUUAUCGUUCACAAGAAGGGCAUUAAGCUGGAUGGAUCCCACCCUGCCUUUCUCUAUGGAUAUGGAGGAUUUAAUAUCUCCAUUACACCUAGCUACAGCGUUUCUCGGCUCAUCUUCGUGAGGCACCUGGGCGGAGUUUUGGCGGUGGCCAACAUCCGGGGCGGAGGGGAGUACGGAGAAACCUGGCACAAAGGGGGCAUGCUGGCCAACAAGCAGAACUGCUUCACCGAUUUCCAGUGCGCCGCCGAGUACCUGGUCAAGGAAUGCUACACGUCCCCCAGCAAGCUCACCAUCAACGGCGGCUCCAACGGGGGCCUGCUCGUGGCGGCGUGUGUGAAUCAGCGUCCAGAGCUCUUUGGCUGCGCGGUGGCUCAGGUGGGGGUGAUGGACAUGCUAAAGUUCCACAAGUUCACCAUCGGCCACGCCUGGACCACCGACUUCGGCUGCUCCGACAACAAGGAGCAGUACAACUGGCUAAUAAAGUAUUCCCCGCUCCACAACAUCCGGAUCCCGGAGGGGGACGGGGUCCAGUACCCGGCGGUUCUGCUGCUGACUGGUGACCAUGACGACCGGGUGGUGCCCCUGCACUCGCUGAAGUACAUCGCCACGCUGCAGCACGUGGUCGGCCGCUGCCCGAAGCAGACCAACCCGCUCUUCAUCCACGUGGACACCAAGUCCGGCCACGGGGCGGGCAAGCCCACCAGCAAGGUCAUCCAGGAGGUGGCCGACACGUACGCCUUCAUAGCCCGCUGCCUGGACAUCGCCUGGGUCAAAUAAGAGCUCCGUCCUCUCUCUUCUCCCUUCUCCUACCCUCCUUUCUCCUCCUCCUCUCCUCCUACCUCGCUCCACCCCUCCACCCAUCUUCCCUGUCACAGAAAUGGGACUUGGUUCACACUGGGAAAUGCGCGUCUAAUUGGAUAUUGGGUCACAUUAUAAAGUUUGCAGUUCUGCUUCCCGGCUGUGGCGGAUUUUAUUGCCCCAGUUAGAGGGAAAAGGGGCACCCCAGAAGUGGGACAGAGAUGGCAGCCCCAGCAGGGAUGUCUGAAGGGUACUCUAAUGAGAACCACUUCCAGUGCCCAGCACUCUUAACGCAGUUCAUUUCCUCUGUGUGCUUUACGUGGCUCACAAACUUCCUCAUGUAAGCAGAGUCAUUAUUCAUUAGAGCCCCGCCCACGACUUCCCCGAGACGUAUGUAUUUGGAAACACGGUUGUUAUAGCCCGACCACAAACGGCGCACGCGCUAAGCAGCCACUUCCCUGGGGCUCGGUGUCCUGGAAGUCACCUGAGAUCGGGUGUUAUUUAUUUGUCGUUUAAAAAAAGCACGAAACACUUGUUGUUCAGCGUCUGUUUUAAGCUAAGAUAGAAACUGAGCUUUUAACACAUUUUUCUGGGUGUAUGUAUGUGCAGGUGUGCCUGUGCGUGUGUCUGCGCGCGUGCCUGUGUGUGUACACGCGCACAUGCCCACAGUCUGGGUUCUGAUAAGGUUCUACCUCUGGACAAGCUGUUUGUUUACCUGUCAAAGGAAAAAACUACGCAACCACAAUAAAAACAUUGCAUUUUGAACAA